AGGGAAGAAACUACAGCAGCAGUAUCCGGAUUGCGUCCACAAAUUCCGAUGCACACGAGAAUCAAUGGCCUGUGCUAGUGCUUCCUCGACAACCAGCAUGGAAUUGGUUCCAUCGGGUCCAACGAAUGUCGCAGCCGCAGCACGGCCUUCACGGUUCACGAUGGAAGGCGUUGGAUCACGGGUCAUCCGCGGUCCAGACUGGAAAUGGGGCAAACAGGAUGGUGGCGAAGGACACGUCGGAACGGUGCGCAACUUUGAGUCACAGGAAGAGGUAGUUGUUGUUUGGGAUAAUGGAACGGCCGCCAACUAUCGAUGUGCUGGUGCGUACGAUUUGCGCAUCCUCGACAGUGCGCCGACGGGCAUCAAGCACGAAGGCACAAUGUGUGACACAUGCCGGCAACAACCCAUUUUCGGAAUCCGCUGGAAGUGUGCCGAGUGUAACAAUUACGAUCUGUGCUCGAUCUGUUAUCACAGCGACAAGCAUCAUCUGCGGCACAGGUUCCACCGUAUCACCACACCGGGUGGUGAGAAAACGCUGCUGGAACCGCGCCGAAAGUCGAAAAAGAUUGCAGUACGUGGCAUAUUUCCGAGUUCGCGUGUUGUGCGCGGUGUAGACUGGCAGUGGGAAGAUCAGGAUGGUGGCAAUGGGCGUCGCGGGAAGGUAAACGAAAUCCAGGACUGGUCAUCGGCAUCGCCUCGUUCCGCAGCGUAUGUCGUGUGGGACAAUGGAGCGAAAAAUCUGUACCGUGUCGGGUUCGAAGGCAUGGCCGAUCUGAAGGUGAUGAACGAUGCGAAAGGAAUGACCGUGUACCGGGAUCAUCUGCCACUGUUGGGCGAGUAUGGACCAGGGCGGGCACCGAACAACUUCCAGAUCGGUGAUCAGGUAACGGUGGAUCUGGACAUUGAGAUUGUGCAAUCGCUACAGCACGGACACGGCGGAUGGACCGAUGGCAUGUUUGAGUGUCUCAGCACAACCGGUACGGUGGUGGGCAUUGACGAGGAUCACGACAUUGUGGUCGCCUAUCCUAGCUCCCACCGAUGGACAUUCAAUCCGACCGUGCUGACGAUCGUUUCGUCGCCGAUGAUGAUGCUCACUGAUAAUCAGCCGCAACUGUUUGCGGUGGGUGAUUUCGUAAAGAUUUGUAGCGAUCUGGAGCGCAUUAAGAUACUGCAGCGCGGACAUGGCGAAUGGGCGGAGGCGAUGGUGCCGACACUGGGCAAAGUGGGCCGUGUGCAACAGGUGUAUCACGACAACGAUCUAAAGGUAGAAGUUUGCAACACAUCCUGGACCUAUAAUCCCCUGGCCGUGACGAAAGUUGCUUCUUCCUCCGAUGGUGCGACAGCAGUAACAACGAACGGUGAACGUCUGUCGGCGAUACUGAAGAAGCUCUUCGAACCGCACACAUCCGGCGAUACCACAGAAGAGUUGGUAAAAGCCGCCGCCAAUGGAGACAAAACGAUGGUGGAAAAUUUCCUUGCUGGCACAACGGGACAGAAUGUGACACCCUCGUCUUCCAGCAUGGACGAAGCACAACCGGUCGUAAAGGUCGAUGUGAACGGUGUGUUUGCUGGCCAUACCGCACUGCAAGCGGCUAGCCAGAAUGGACAUCUCGAGGUGAUCGAGGUAUUGCUCCGAUACAACGCCGAUGUGGAGAUCGAGGACAAGGACGGUGAUAGAGCCGUCCAUCACGCAGCAUUCGGCGAUGAACCGGGAGUGAUGGGAAUGCUAGCUAAGGCCGGUGCGGAUCUAAACGCACGCAACAAACGCCGUCAAACGGCACUUCAUAUUGCCGUCAACAAGGGUCACUUUAAUGUGGUAAAAACGCUGCUAGAACUGAACUGUCACCCAAGUCUGCAGGAUUCGGAAGGUGAUACACCACUGCAUGAUGCGAUCUCGAAGGAGCACGACAACAUGCUGGCAUUGUUGCUUGAUAACGGGGCGGACAUAAUGUUGACGAAUAAUAAUGGGUUCAAUGCGCUGCAUCACGCCGCUCUCAAGGGAAAUCCAAGUGCGAUGAAGGUUUUGCUUACGAAAACUAACCGUCUUUGGAUCGUAGAAGAGCGCAAGGAUGAUGGCUACACGGCACUGCACCUGGCUGCGCUGAAUAAUCACGUGGAUAUUGCGGAACUGCUCGUACGCAUGGGCAAAGCAAACAUGGACUGCCAGAAUGUAAAUCUACAGACUGCCCUGCAUCUGGCGGUUGAGCGACAGCACGUGCAAAUCGUGAAGCUGCUGGUGCGUGAAGGUGCAAAUCUCAACAUUCCUGACAAGGAUGGGGACACACCGCUGCAUGAGGCGCUGCGUCAUCAUACCCUUUCGCAGCUGCGCCAGUUGCAGGAUGUGGAAGGAUUUGGAAAAAUUUUAAUGGGCUUGAGAAAUAACACGGACAAAAAAGCAUCGGCAUCGAUUGCCUGCUUCCUGGCAGCGAACGGGGCCGAUUUGACGAUCAAAAAUAGAAAGCUCCAAACACCGUUGGACCUUUGCCCCGAUCCGAAUCUGUGCAAAACGCUGAUCAAAUGCUAUAACGAGCGUAAAACGGACGACAUGGAUAUGGCCUCGGCAAGUGGCGUUAGCGUUGGUGGCCCCGGUAUGCAACCGAAUGUGAUGCGAGCUGGUCUCAGAACGAACGGCGCCGGCGAACCGACCGCCUCGACAUCAUCCUCUUGCAACCCAGGUACGAGUGGGCUCAGUACGAGCGGGUUGAACCAUUCACAGAUUGAUGCCAACUUGCUGAUGGGUUUGAGCAAAAUGUCGAUCCAACCGAAUGCGGCCGGUGAAGCGAACACAAACGUGAGCGUAAAUCACAAUGCAAGUGGCAGCAGUGCUGCGGUAGCCGGAAGCAGUGGACUGCUGGACGAGUGUCUGUUGUGUUCCGAUCAAAAACGCGACACAGUGUUCAAACCGUGCGGUCACGUCGUGUGUUGCGAAAACUGUGGGCCACGCAUCAAAAAGUGUUUAAUCUGUCGUGAAUCGGUCUUAUCGCGCGAAAAGAUCGACGAGUGCUUAGUUUGCUCCGAUCGGAAGGCAUCGGUGUUCUUUAAACCGUGCGGCCAUAUGGUGGCGUGCGAACAUUGUGCACCGAUUAUGAAAAAGUGUGUCCAGUGUCGUACACAGCUCGAGCAGAUGGUACCACUGUCCGUGUGUAGUGGUGGACAGGGCAGCGUCAUCAACAUUCAGCAUCACGUGGAUGACGGAAAGAAGGAUCUUUUGCACAAUCUGAACGCAUCGCAGCAACAGCAGCAGCAGCAGCAGUUGUUACAGGGUACGAACAAGGCAGGCCUUGGCGUUGCCAUGAACAACACCAUGUCACCGAACGCCAGCUCAAUGGCUGCGGGAAGUUCAACGGGGGUGUUGGGUAACAAUGGACUGCUGACGGGCGGUGGUAGCUCAUCCAGCAGCAACACAACACCCCUCACAACGACCAACAACACAACGGGCGCUUCGGGUGUAGCGCCGAACAAUUUGAAUUUGGUGGACGAUUUUCAAAAACUUCAACAACAGCUACAGGAUAUUAAGGAGCAGACUAUGUGCCCGGUUUGCUUCGAUCGCAUUAAAAAUAUGGUUUUCCUGUGUGGCCAUGGAACGUGUCAGAUGUGCGGUGAUCAAAUCGAUGGCUGUCCCAUCUGUCGAAAGACGGUCGAAAAACGUAUUCUACUAUUCUAAGAUGAUGGAGGGAAUGGUGCAGAAUGCAUUUCUCCAUUC